CGAACUGUAACAUGUAAGAGGUGAAAGCAUUGUUUACAGUCAUCCUCCACGAUUAAUCGAGCAACAGAAGAUUUAGCUUUUUAUCGAAAAGAACCAAUUGAGGAUCCAAGUGCCAUAAAGAUCUCAGCUGUACUGCUUCUUUGACUAUGAGACCGACGAUUCUACGGAACGAGGUCGACGAUGUGGUUGAUGCCAUCUCAGGCAUUGAACCAUCCUUUUCAGUUGCUCCAGAAUCCAUUGAAAAGGCCAAGGAGCAACUCCGAGUUUUGAACGUGCGAGUACCAAUGGGGAAGCUCGGCAAGGGCGACCAGGGGAAAGGUCGAGCCGCAGUCGUUUUGGAUUACAUUUUGCUAAAAGUGGGUACGCAGCGUCUUCCAAUAAAAAAAUUGGCACAGGCGGCUGGUUUAAAAGUUCCAGCGAUGGAGCAACUCCAACGUCUAGCAGGAAAUUAUCUUCAGAACCAGUACCAGGCCCCAGGUGCAAAACGCGGUCUUGAGCGGGAGGAUACGCUCUCUUCUGCUUCGUUGGCCAAGCGUCGAACUGCUCGCACCACUCGUCCAGACUACGUCGACCAUGGGGAAUGGGCAAGUACUAUUCCAGAUCUAGCAAUUCGACUAGCCGCCUAUGUGGUAGAUCCGUACGGGUCUGUAAAAGAAGCUACUAGCCUUCUGCAAGACAUAAAAAAUUACAUUGGAUCGCUAUCAAUUUAUGAACGCCGCGGUUAUCUUUACGACAUGAAUCGCUACAGGGCGGCGUACGAGGCAGCUGCCUUUUUCUUUGUUGCCCAGAGGGAUGCUAAAGCUUUUCAACGAAACGGUCCAUCGAAAAAAGGAGGGGAAGACGAUGAAUACGUUUCUUUUGAUCUCCAAGAUUUGCUUACGGCAUCGAAUAAGUUUACAUUCUUGGAGCUGAAGCAGGUGCUGCCACACGUGCAGCAGCUAGCGCAAACGCUGGAACAGAAGCGUACUGAAGCUUCGUCUGGAACAAAGAAGAUUUCAGACAAGUACCCAACCAAAUUUAAGAGAGCUUCGAAAAAAAUAAAGGCAGAUCAUGAAGAGGAUCUGGAGCAGAACGCUAAAGCCAGAGCCAUGGUUGAAGCUGAACUUGUAUCAGGGGACAAGGCCGAGGUCUUUGAAGAGUGGAAAAAGAAAGUCCUGGAAUCGGCUUGCGAGUCGGUCAGGAAAGAAGCAGGCGAUACUGGUGUACCGGAAUUAAGUAUUCUUGCUCAAGCUGCUGACGCUGCGCUGGCAAGACAUGGAAUUUCCAUACCUGAGACGCAUGAGCAAUGA